UCUUCAGUUAAGGCCUAUUUCUUCUACAGAUACAGAAAAAAACUUCAACCCUUCACUAAGUGCUUGGGGAAAGAGUUCUGACCUGUUUCAUGCAGUUUCUUCAGUGUGAACAGUAUCAGUGCAUUUCAAGUUUGGAUCCUGCUUCUAGGGCUUUCUUGCCUUUCUCACUUCUGAUUCUCCUCGCUCAGUUCAUCUCCUCUGAAGUGCAGCACCCAGAAAAGGAUGUAGGACUCCAAAAAAAUCUCCUUGGCAUAUCAGAAGUACAUAUGGCAAUGUAUGAUGAAGAUAUCUUGAAAAAUCCAUUUUAUUUAGCCAUUCAGAAGCAACGUCCUGAUCUAUGCAGCAAAGUUGCAGAAUUCCAUGGUAUUGUGUUAAUUCCAUGCAAAGGAAGCCUUUCAAGCAACAGUCUGUCUGCCUGCCAGUUUGAAUCUUACGUUCUGAAGCCAUUAGAAGACAAUUUUCAAACCUUAAAUGGAAAGGAGAUCUUCAUACAAGGAAACCUCAUCAUUUUAGGAACUGGUUUUAAUUACAAUCUCUCAGUACCUGUUCUUUUUGAGGAAACAUUUUACAAUGAAAAAGAAGAAAGCUUUAGUAUAUUGUGCAUAGCUCAUCCAUUGGAAAAAACAGAAAGCUUAAGUGGAUCUACAGCUUUGUCAAACUCCUUCUCUCUUAAAAAUAUUGAAGAUGUUAGAGAAUUCUUGGGAAGGCACUGUGAGAGAUUCAAUAAAUACAUAGGAUCUUUCCAUAGAACAUUUAAAGAACAUGAAAGAAAAAGCCUCCGCCACUACAUAGAUUCUGUCAGUGCACUUUAUGCCAAAUGUCUCCAGCAUCUUUUGAGAGAUUCGCAUUUGAAGAUGCUUGCAAAGCAAGAAGAGCAGAUGAAUCUGAUUAAACAAGCUGUUGAAAUGUAUAUCCACCAUGCAAUUUAUAAUCUAGUCUUUAAAUACGUGGGGACUCUAGAGGCAAGUGAGGAUGCUGCAUUUAACAAAAUUACAAGGAGUUUUCAAGACCUGCAGCAAAAAGACAUAGGAGUGAAGCCUGAGUUCAGCUUUAAUAUCCCACGUGCAAAGCAAGAACUGAGUCAAUUAAACAAAUGUACUUCCCCUCAGCAGAAACUACUUUGUCUACAAAAGGUGGUCCAAAUUAUUAUGCAAUCUCCUAGCCAAAGAGUUAAUGUGGAAACCAUGUGUGCUGAUGAUCUACUCUCUGUUUUGCUGUAUUUGCUUGUAAAAACAGAAAUCCCAAACUGGAUGGCCAACUUGAGUUACAUAAAGAACUUCAGGCUUUGCAGUUCGGUGAAGGAUGAAUUGGGAUACUGUCUAACCUCAAUUGAGGCUGCAAUAGAAUACAUACGACAAGGCAACCUCUCUGACAGAUCAACAGAAUCUGAGAGACUAUGUGACAAGCUGCUUUUAAGGCAAAGGAUGAACUUGUUGUCCCAGAUGCCUGCUACUCCAAUAGACUGCUUAUUUAAGCAUAUUGCUUCAGGUAAUCAGGAGGAAGUGGAGCGUUUACUAAGUCAAGGUGACAGUGAUAAGGACACUGUACAGAAAAUGUGUCAUCCGCUAUGUUAUUGUGACAAAUGUGAGAAGCUAGUGUCUGGGAAACUGAAUGAUCCUUCCAUUAUCACUCCAUUUUCUCGAGAUGACCGGGGAUAUACACCACUUCAUAUAACUGCUAUUUGUGGACAAACAUCAUUAGUGGAUUUUCUAGUAGCCAAAGGAGCCAUUGUCAAUGCUACAGAUUACCACGGUUCAACUCCACUUCACCUUGCCUGUCAGAAGGGAUAUCAAAAUGUUACACUUCUCUUGUUGCACUAUAAGGCAAGUACUGAUGUUCAGGACAAUAAUGGAAAUACUCCACUUCAUUUAGCCUGCACUUAUGGUCAUGAGGAUUGCGUCAAAGCCUUAGUCUACUAUGAUGUGCAGUCCUGUAGACUAGAUAUUGGUAAUGAAAAGGGCGAUACUCCUCUCCAUAUAGCUGCUCGCUGGGGCUAUCAGGGGAUCAUAGAAGUACUUUUGCAAAAUGGGGCAAAUCCAGAAAUUCAAAACCGGAUGAAAGAGACUUCGCUACAGUGUGCAUUAAAUUCCAAGAUUUUGUCAUUGAUGGAAUUAAACUCUCUAACAUUUGAAAGAGGACAGAGUGCUUCUGAGUCACCACUUAGGUCUCCUCAGCGGUCAACAGAAACUUUCAGCAGAGGAUCAUCUGUCUCAAGCCUGUCAUCAGCAUCAACUGAUAUAAGACAAGAAGAAGUGAAAAACAGUUACAAAGAGGUGCAAAAACUCCUGAGAGCGGUUGCUGAUGGAGAUCUGGAAAUGGUACGUUACCUCUUGGAAUGGGUGGAAGAAGACUUAGAAGAUGAGGAUGACGCAGCCAGUACAUCAGAACCAGAAUUCUGCCAUCCGUUAUGCCAGUGCUCAAAAUGUGGGCCAGUACAAAAGAAGUUUUCAAAGAUCUCCGCUAAUGGACUUGAAGUAAAUGUUUCCAACAAAGAUGGUUUUACACCGUUGCACAUGGCUGCACUGCAUGGACAUUCUGAACUUGUCUCUCUCUUACUGAAACAUGGAGCCAGUAUCAGUGCCAAGAAUGCAAAACAAGCAGUUCCUCUUCAUCUAGCCUGCCAGAAGGGUCACUUCCAGGUGGUAAAGUGUCUGAUGGAUUAUAAUGCUGAACAAAAUAAAAAGGAUAUAUAUGGAAACACUCCUUUAAUUUAUGCAUGCUUGAAUGGUCAGUAUGAGACUACUGCCUUGUUGUUGCAGCACGGAGCUUCUGUUAACCUUUCAAAUGCCAAAGGAAAUACAGCACUGCAUGAGGCAGUGAUAGGGAAGAAUGAAGCCUUGGUAGACUUGCUCCUUCAGAAUGGUGCAAUGACGCACAUCAGGAACGAAAGGAACUGCACCCCUGCAGACUGCGCUGAGCCGAAUUCAAAUAUCAUUAAGUUGCUGGAAACAGCACCAAGCUAUGUACCUACAUCAGCAGAGAGAGAAAAGGAGUGUGAGCAGCAUGCUUCUAUCAAGAUAAGAAAAAAAGUGAAUUCUAAGCUAUGUGAGAAAGCUGAUGAUCACAUAAGCAGACAACUUCAACCGGUCCAGUCAAUUAACAGAUUUAAGAAAGCAAAACAUUUACGGAGAACAAUAACAAGAGAUAAAAGUGUCCCUAACUUUGACUAUGAGUUAUUGCAUCAGUUAGCUAUCAAAAGCUUCAAUAAAGCCAAGUUAAAAUCUGUUGAAACGAUGGACCAGAGUGAAGUGAAGAUUAUUGGCACAGGAUGCAGUGGUGAGUUUGUGAAACAUGAUGAUGUGAUAGAAGUUCCUCACAGGAGUAAACUAACACACCGGAGACACACUGUUAAUAUGCUACUUUGAAAAAAUGUCAGCGAUAAUAGUUUAUCCAGCCCUGGAAAUCCAAGUUUUUCACAGUCAAAGGACUGCUGUGAUGACUUGCUUUCAGAAUAUUGACAAGUAUGAAUUCAGUGUCAAAAGCUGAGGUGGCAAUUUCAGUAACCCUUCACUGUACACUCAAGGAUCAAUUGACACUUGCAAGCCUGCCUUCAAGACAGAAUCCAGGAUGACUCCUGUGCGGGAGCAGAAUGCUCCUAGCACUUUGGAAGACUGAAUCCUCUGUUGGAUUUAUGUUGGAGGUGUAACUAAACAGUUAGAUUGUUACUGAUCUCAACAAACAGGGAUGUACUGAGGUGGAGACAGCAAAAUGAGUUUCCUAUUCUAUUUAGCACUUACUAAAAAUUUCUGUGUAACAAGUAAACCCAAAUGAAACCCUGUAUUGUAUUUUUCAGCCCCCAUUUUGUUUUUAAAAGUGUUUGAAUAAUUUUUUGCAUUUUCAGCCUUUAUCACUACAUUGGAUAAGUAUAUACAUAUAUAUUUAUAUAUAAAGAUAUAUUGGAUAACUAGGUAUUUAUUGCCAGAGGUAAUUGAAAUGUAUCUAUUUUUAUUGUAUGUUACAAACUGUUAUAGUAUAUAUUUCUGUAUAUCUCAGUAGCUGGGAAAACAACAGUCCAUAACAUCUGUGGCGCUGUGUUAGAAAUUUAUACAUGCUGUUAAUGAGAAGGGGUGUAAUCCUUGCUCAUUUCUUUGCAAUGUGCCCUGUAUUGAUCUGCAAGAUCAAGUUCUUGCACAGGAUUCAAGGGAAGAAGCAGAGAGCCCUUGACAAAGCUGAACUCUGGACUUGCUGCUCACAGCCUCAUCAAAAAAGGACGCAGAGGCAAUUGUGUGUAAUGACACAUAGAAUCAUAGAGUGGUUUGGGUUGGAAAGGGCCUUAAGAUCAUCUAGUUCCACCCCUACUGGUCACCCCCGACCAUGUCGCCCCAGGCUCUGUCCAACCUGGCCUUCAACACUGCUAAGGAUGGAGCAUUUACCACUUCUUAGGGCAACCCAUUCCAGUGCCUCACCACCCUCACAGUAAGGAGCUUCUUCCUUAUAUCUGACCUGAACUUCCCUUGUUUUAAGUUUAAACCCAUUUCCCCUUGUCAUAUUGCUACACACCCUGAUGAAGGGUCCCUCUCUGGCAUCCUUGUAGGCCCCUUUCAGAUAUUAGAAAGCAGUUGUGUUUUGGUUCCCUCCUCUCCCUUCCACUAAAGAAAGUCAUGCAAAAAUGCACAAAUAUUCAUGGUUCUGAACCUGGCAACAUCUGUAGAUAAAACUGGUUUAGAGCCUGCUCUGGACUGCUCUUUAAAAGGUGGUAUUCUAGUUAUGAAAUGUACUUCUCACAUCGGUAAGAAUUUGUUAGAAUAGGGCAAAUACUGUACCAUUCCUAGAGGUGAUAACUGAAGAAUUGAAAGCCCACAACUAUGAGAUGGCUGCUUAGAUCUGAACUUCAUUUUCUACUGUUUCAGUUAUGGUAGGAGAACAUGUAAAUAGCACAAGCCAGGUUUCUUAAGUGCAGUAUUUUUUAUCCUUGACUCAUCACAUCCUGCUUGCAUUUUAUUUCAGCAACUAUUUUGUAUGAAUAACUCAAUUUCUUUUAACUGUGCUAUUAGUAAACUGCCUAGCAAAGUACAAAGCUGGAAGACGUACUGGUGAUUUUUUUAAAGUAACUUUUUAAUCCAAGAGGUAAAUGGGCAAUAAGUGCACAUGUGGACAUUGGAGAUAUGAGGGUUGUGUGUUUAUUUUUCUAAUAAUUUAUGAGCUAAUCUGAAUUUCUAAUGUGCCUUGGAUUUGUGCCAAAUAAUGGAAAGAAAAACUAGUAAAAACUCUUGAAAACA